AUGGAUCAACAAUUUAUAUUAAAUAAUAAAUUACCUCUGGUAACUAAUUCUAUUGAUAAGAUUUUAAAUUUAUCCAGAUUAUUUUUAUCAAAUAAUGAUAUGGAAACUUAUUAUCAUUUGAUUAAUUUAAAUUGGCAUGAGAAAUAUUCCAUUUAUUUAUCAAUCAAUUCUUAUCCGAAAAAUCUUUCAAAAUCUCGAAUAAAUCAAUUAAGAUAUUUUCGCUUUGAAAAUCAUCAAAAAUUAAAUUUAUUUUCUGAUUCUUUUGAAAUUCAUCAUUCUUUCGCACGAUUAAAUCAAAAUCUAUUUCAAUUAAAACGAACAAUACAUGAAUCUUUUCAUAAAACAAAUCCAAAAAAUUCUCAAUUAAUUCGAGUUCAUAAUCUCCUUCGAAAUCUUUCGAUGUCAUCAACAGAUUCAUUAGCAUUAAAAUCACAUCAUCAUACAAAUCCAUCACGAGAUGGAGGAUUAAAUAUUGAGAAGAAGAAAAUCUUAGAAAUUGAAAAUACGAAUUUUAAGAAAAAAACAGAAAUUAAAACUCGAGAAGAAAAUUUGAUUUAUUCAACAAAAAAACCUUCAUCGCCACAUCAAGUUCAAAUUCAUCAACCAAAUCAAUCAUCAAUUUCGAAUAAUCGUUUGGAAAGUAUUCGUGUUAGUGUGAGUUCAUCACCAUAUGAAAAUGAAUUUAUCCAAAAGAUUCAAACAAUUUCUCCAACAAAAUCUUCAAUUGAAGAAAAUAUCGAACAACCGAUUUAUCAUCGUCCACUUUUAGCUUUAUUAAAUCAAGAAAAAGCUUUGAAAGAAUCAUCAACAAAUAUUUUACCACCCAAAUCUUUUCUUCCUUUUCAACCAAAAGUUCUUCAUAAACAAUUUCAAGAACCAAUUAAUAAUUUCGAAUGUUCAACAUCAAGUCCAACAAAUGUUCGUCGAAAUGGAAUAACACGAAGUCAUACAAUUCCUAAACCAACUGAUUUGAUAAAUACAGAUUUUAAAGGAAUAUCGUCUAAUGAUAGUUUAACAUGUCAAUCAACACCUCAUUUAAUUCCAUCUGAUCAAUCAAAUUUAACAAUCGAACAUAAUUCAACAUUAUCAACAAGUAUUCCUAGUUUAAAUAGUACAUCAAUUUCUAAUGGAACUCCUCCUACAUCAAAUGUCACAAUUGAUGACAAAAAUGAGGCUAAGAGAAAAGCAAUUGCUUUGCAAAUGUACGAUACAGAGAAAUCUUAUGUUGAAGCAUUGAAAAAUCUUGUUACGAAAUAUUAUUUACCAAUGAAAGAUAAAAAUAUCGUUUCGAAUGAUCUGAUCAAUGAUAUUUUCUACAAAAUUCCCGAAAUUCAUAUUCAUCAUACCGCAUUUCUAAUUUCCCUUUCUCAAAAAUUAACUCAAUGGGAUAAUAAACAAACCGUUGGCGAUCUUUUAUUACAAAUGUUCACUCGAAUGUCAGUGAUUGAAACUUAUACAAGUUUUGUUAAUAAUUAUAAAACAAGUCAAAUGGCAAUUGGAACUUGUCGUGAAAUGUCAUCAUUUAAUAAAUUUCUUGAACAACAAGCACGUGAUCAUCGUGGUAAAUUAACAUUACAUGAUUUAUUAAUACAACCGGUGCAACGAAUUCCACGAUAUGAAUUAUAUUUAAAAGAUUUUCUUAAAUGUACAAAUAUAAAUCAUCCAGAUUAUCAAUUGAUGCUUAAAGCACAAUUAGAAAUUCAUUCAUUAGCUGAACAAAUUGAUCAAGUUCAAAAAGAAGUUGGAUCAACUGAAUUAAAUUUGAAUAAAAAUGCUUUGGAAACUCUUCAAGAUUUGAUUGAGAAUUUAAAAGAUUUAGUUAAUGAUGAAAGAUAUUAUAUUUCAUAUGAUAUUGUAACUAUUCAAUCAGCAUCAGGUUUCAAAAAAGAUCGAGGAAUUUUUCUCUUCAAUGAUUUAAUGAUCAUCACAAGUUCAAAACGAAGAAACGUUUCAUCAACAAAAAAAUCAACCAAUUCAUUUAUUGUAAAUUCACCAUCGGGAAAACAAUACAUUGAAAACAAUAAACAUAAAUUAAUUAUGAAAAUCUCAAUUGAAAACAUUGAACUAGCUUCAUAUCAUUUGAAAAAAUCUCGUUCGUCAAUAUCAACUCCACCGUCAUUGAAAAAAUCUCAUUCAUUGACAAGUACAUUAACGGACAAUAAACGUCAUUUCGAAGAAGAUUUAAUAACACUGGGACAAAUCUCUGAUUUAUCUCGAACAAUCACAGUUUCUCAUCAACAAUUAGAUGAUUCAAUAAAAGAAACAGUUGAAAUUGUAAAUAAACAUUUACUUGAUGAAACGACUAGUUUACGAAAAGCAAGUCCCGAACCAUCGAAUAUUUCGGAGGAAAAAUCAACGAAUAUUCAAUUAAUUUUAACUACAAAUGAUUCUACAGAAACAAUUAAUGUGAUAUUUUCAACAAUUGAACAAAAAACUUUGUGGGAAAACAAUUUUCUCGACGCAAAAAAGAUUCUUUUUGAAAAUCUAACUGGACGACGAAAUUUAACUUUUGAACACGCUUUAACUCUUCCUCAUCAUCGACCAGGAAGUCAAUACACUUGUGGAAUUAUUCGUCCAUAUCUCAAUGAAAUUUGUUUAUGUAACACGGAAGGUGAAAUCUGUUUAAUUAAUUAUGAAUCUGAUUUAACAGUGAAAAGUUUGAAUUCAAUUGCAACAUCGAAGAUUAAUUGUAUUUGUUAUGUUCCUUUUAAUGAUAUGGGAGACAAAUCAUUACUUUUAAAAACAAAUUUAAAUUCAAAUGAAUCUUUGGAUUUUGAUUCGAGUGAUGAUGAACAAGAAUCUCUUCAUCAAUCAACAAUUCAACAUGAUUAUUCAAAUGAUAUGAUUUGGAUUGGAACUAUUCAUGGAGAAUUAUUUAUUUAUGAUUGUUCACAGACAAUGAAAGAUUUUGGAAGAAAAAAUCGAAUUAUUAAACAAUUUCAUUCGUCAAUUCAUUCAAUUCUAUAUUUUGAAGAUAAAGUCUUUUUGGCAUUAAAUCAUGGUCAAUUAGCUGUUUUCAAACGAGAUAUCAAUCAACAAUGGGAUUUGGAUAAUCCAAUUAUUGAAAGUAUUGAUGAAAAUAAUGAAAUAUCAAAUCAAACGUUAAAUGAAUAUUCUGAUGAAGAUUCGAAUGAUCCAAUUUCAGUUAUGACAAUUGCUGCUGGGAAACUUUGGUGUGCAUUACGUGAUCGAAUCUUCAUUCUUUGUACAAAUUCAUUACAAAUUCAACAUUCAUUUAUUGUUGAUGAUUGUCAUCGACAUAUUCAUUGUAUGGUUACAGGUGGAUCAUUAAUGCAUCAUGUUUGGAUAACAUCACAAGGUUCACAUGAAAUUCGUCUUUAUCAUGCAACGAAUUUAAAUUGUUUAUUUGAAACAAGUAUUCGAACAAUUGUCGCACAAAAAUUACAAAUUUGUGAUGAUAUUAUUCGUGCACAUAAAUUAGGUUGUCUUCAUAUUAGUACAUUGAAUAUUUGUAAAGAAACUUUAUGGAUUGGAACAAGUGCUGGAAUUCUUCUUAAUUUAACAAUUCCACAAUUAGUUGAUAAUUUAUCGAUUCAUGGAACAAAUAAAUUCAAUUUGAAUUCAAUUCAAUUGAAAAGUUUAUCUUAUGGUCAUGUUGGUCCUGUGAGAUUUUGUCUUUCAAUGGACAAAUUCAAUUUUCGAAAUGAAAAUUUCAAACGAUUUCUCAUGACAAUUGGAGAUGGAUUCGAUGAUUAUCAGAAUUUGGAUGAGAAUUUAGGAAAAGAUGAUGCUCUUGCGCAUUUAAUUCUUUGGCAAUUCUAA